AUGGGGGAUUCCAGUAGUGCGGGUAGGCAACACGAGGGGCUUGGGGGGGAUUGUGAUGACCCUGCUGCUGGACUGGGUGCCCCGUCAGUGCCAGUCGACUACUAUGUCUCUGUGGAGAACAUCCAGCGUCUGUGGAUAGGCAAGGCGGUGGGCCGUACCCUCAUCGCCCCACUCGACCGCGUUAAGUUCGUGCUGCAGUGUCAGAAGGAGCUGCAGCGCUUAGGCACACUCGAGGGAUCCUUCCGCGGGGCGUGGCACUGCGCCCGCCACCUCGCCGCGGUAGAGGGGCACCGUAGCUUCUGGCGUGGCAAUCUGAUCCAGGUGGUCUCCCUGCUACCCAUUACCAUUGCACAGAUAUUUAUCGCGUUACCAACACAGACCUUUGUGUUUAACGCCUGUCCACACCACUCUGCGUUGGGGUACACUGCUGCCACUUACACGGCGGCCAUAUCUGGAGCGCUGGCGGCCUCGAUGGUGUCGUACCCGCUAGACUACGCACGGUUUCGCCUCGCAGUUGACCUGAAGCCUUACCGUGGCGCGGCAUACGAGUACCGCCACAGCAUGGCUUUCUUUUCCCAGCCCAUGCUCAAUGAAUACCCCCAUUUGCUGUACAAAGGCCUUGGGCUUUACGUGCUUGGCAGUCUGCUCUACCAGUCCGUGCACGACGGCAUGCUGAAUGUGAUUUGGCCCUUCAUUCCUCCCGAGACACCAGAGAGCGGCUACGGCACCAUCGCCGCGCAGGUAGCUACCGGCCUUGUUGUGUCGGCGCUCUCAACGCUAUGCUUGCACCCUAUCGACACGGUGCGGCGGCGCAUGAUGAUAGCGGCGACGGAGGAAGACCUGCGCUAUCCCUCCACGCUUCACUGCAUGCGUCACAUUCUGCGGACGGAGGGGGCAAUGGGAUUUUACCGUGGUGCCGCCUUUACACUGGCGCGUAUGGUAGCCACAACGGCACUUUUUGUGGCGACGAGCGUUCCCACAUGA